UAUGAUAAAUUAUUAUAUUAGAAUAUAAGCAUAUAUGUAUAAAAAUAUAUAGCUAUUUUAUUAUCUUACAGAUGAUAUAUUUAUAUUUCUCAAUUAUUAACUAUGAUUAGGCUGUGGAUAGAUUUAUUUUUUGUCAACCGAUGCGCUAUGAUUAUUUUUUCCUAUUUAUUUUAAAUAUUUUAUUAUGAAACUUAAUGGGUGGACAUGCCUGACAAACUCCUGCAUUUUUUCUCCUGGACUAUUUAAAGUCUGAGCCGUCCAAAUUACUAUUAAAUACAAAUUAUGAAAAGGCACUCUUUUAUGAUCAUAGCUGUAAAUAAUAACUGAUAAGCAGAGAAAGGCAGUGGGAUGAUCUUUCCUUGUCUGCCUGUCAUUUUAUAUUAACUUUACUCUUUAUUAACCUGAGAAAAAAAUGUGAAAAUAGUGCUAUUAUUAAGUUAAAAUCUAAAUACUGCUGGAUCGGCUGAACCGUCCAGUGUUUCCAGAUCUCUUUUUCUCAGCAAAUCUUAUUAAUGUCAGUUUUCACACAUACUGAUAAGAAUGCAAAAUCUCGCGAUAACUCACAGACUGAGCUGUGACUUAGUUACCAUAGUGACGUGGCUGACGCCCGGCCGAUGUUAACCUCGUUCAACUUCUGUCUUGUGUUUAAUUAUUCAGCUCCCUCACUACAUUUCGACUUCAGGACGCAGAAAAUGUCCCCAAAGAGACACUCAAAAGAGAAAACAAACGCAGAGGAUGAAGCCUCGAAAACGGGUCAGACUCCAAAUGAAACAUUGCCCGUGCAGACCUUCGAUGAAUAUCAGUGCUCAGGAAAUGUGGAGGCUGACUUCCCCAGGCUUUGUGCUCUUCUGGAUGUGAAGGAUAUCCCAACUGUCUACACCAAACGCCUAACAGCCUCAGGGCAGAAUACAGAAGACAACCAGUCACUAACACGUGCUGCACCUUUCUGGUCAAAGCCAUGUCUUAAAGUGGAAGUGGAUAACAGAGACCGCCUCGGUGCCAAGAGCAUGAAGAUUUCUGGGUGGAAGGUGACCGAGCAGAUUUUCCGAGUGCUGCAGAAGAUGCUUCCCUCCGUGAUCCAGCUACAGAGCCUUCGGUUUUGGCAGGCCGGACUGACAGAUCAAAUGCUAAUCUCCCUCGUGAACACAAUAUCUCUGUGCACCAGCCUCAAGGCUGUGACACUGGAGGGCAACGUUCUCCCGGAGCAGAGCUACCACCUUCUCCUCUCUGAAGACAGCCUCCUCACCCACUUGUCGCUGAGAAAUAAUCGGAUAGGAGAUGAAGGCGCUCGUCUGAUUGGCUCGGCUCUCUCGACAAGCCGGUCUGCUAACAAGAACCUCCUGUCACUCAACCUGGCCUUCAAUUCUAUUGGUGAUGCAGGAGCCGCACAUAUCGCACAGGGCCUGCGGUUGAAUCGUGCGUUGCUGUUUCUCUCGCUGUCCAACAAUCGGAUUGGCGACUCAGGAGCUGCUCAUCUGGCCACGGUACUCAGGGAGUUCGCUUUGACUCACGAAGAAGUGGUGGAGAGGAGGAAGCUGCUGCUGCAAAGAACUCAGUCUACUUUUAAUCGGUCUGAUUCUGACCAAUCGUCCACUGAGCAGCUCGCCUCAGUACGCUGCAGCACUUCAAUGAGCAAAGGGGAGAGCAAAGGCAAAAAAAAGGAAGCCUCGAAAAAGGAGAAAAAAUCAGCAGGCAACAAAGAAAACCACAAAUCUAGCAAGAAAUCCUCAGAUGCAAAGACGCAUCAAGGUAAAGGAGGGAAGCAGAGAGAGAAACACCUCUCUGCAAACGAGGAUAAAGCAGGUUUUUCCCAGAGUGAGGCUGAGUCGAUGGAGGCGGUGAACCCUCUGCUGGACAAGUCGGUGCAUCACAGCGACGGACAGCUCUUCCUGCCUGGAAACACCACUCUCUCCUCCCUCAACCUGGCAGGAAACAGAAUUACAGAGAAGUCGCUGCCUUUGUUUGUGGCUUCGCUGGAGGCGCAGGGUGAAGGAGGAGGCCUGCUGCGUCUCUGUCUGCAGAGAAACCUCUUCCCACCAGAGUGUGAGUGUUACAUGAAGAUAAAGGAGCUGAUGCACUGACAGCUCGGAGCCGACAGAAGAGGAGGGACGGGAGGCUUCACGCUGAGCCUUCUUUUGUUAUACUGCAAUAUUUUUUUUCCCUUCGGUUGUUUUUGUUUCGUAACACGUCAGAUGAAGACGCUGGGGAACGAACAACAUCAUUCUCGUGGUGCAUAAACAGUGUGGCACAUUAAAGUCCACAUGCUUCGCCCGGGGCAGCCAAUUAGAACCGAGCCUACAGAUCCAUUUUACUACUUUAUAUCACUCAAGGUUGGAAUUUAAACCAAGGACAAACACUCAGAACAGCCGAAUGCAAAAUACUAAAUACAAAGGAGCCGUUGCUACAGCAUCCCACAGUUACCAACCAUGAAACACUCACUGAUUUAUUGAGUAAAUUCAUCAGUUUUUGACAUUUGGCUGUUUUUUCUAACCCUUAAUGAAUAAACAAGCCUAAGAGCCUGCUAAAUAAUGA